AUGUCUCCAACACACACACAUAUUGGCAUCAUUGGCUCAGGUAUCAUCGGCCUUUUGUCGGCGUUGACGCUCACCGAUGCCGGCUAUAAAGUGACUAUCGUGGCGCGGGAUCUACCGGGCGAUGAAUCUCAAGACUGGGCAAGCCCUUGGGCUGGCGUAUCAAUAUUCCCUCAUCCAGACGCUGGUGGCAACUCCCUCCAGACGGAGAAUUUCAAAUACUUCUGGGCUUUAGCGCAUAGAGAUCCUACGAGUGGUGUUCAGGACGAUUCAACCAUCUGGUACAAGACGGUCGUCCCGCACUAUCGUCUGAUUCCAAAGGACAAACUGCCCAAGGGUGUGAAACUUGGGUUCACAUAUACUUCGAUGACAAUCAAUCCAGCAUUCCUUCUCCCUUGGAUCCAAACGCAGUUAAAAGCACGUGGAGUCACAUUUCUUCGGAAGACACUGACAUCCAUCCAAGAGGCCAAAAGGAUCACCGGAACAGAAUAUAUUGUACACGCAUCGGGCUUAGGAGCGUACACGCUUGCGGAUGAUAAGAAUGUAGAGGCCAUUCGUGGACAAACAAUGUUUAUCAAGACGGACUUUAACGAGUUGAAGAUGCAUCAAGGUUCCCACUACACCUAUGUCAUUCCGCGCAUGUUCACCAACGGUGCAAUUAUCGGCGGCAUCAGCCAGCCCGGUAGUUUGGAUCGCAAUGUAGACGAGGCACUACGCGCAGACAUCCUCAAGCGCGUCAAUAUGCUUACCGAUGGGGGCCUUCGCUCGGUCGAUCUGGAAAACGAUGUACAGAAGGACAUUGUCGCCUUUCGACCGGGAAGAAAGGGAGGAUAUCGACUGGAAGCCGAGGGUGACAUAGUGCACGCCUAUGGGUUUGCCGGCCUUGGCUAUAUUUUCAGUUAUGGCGUGGCUUUAAAGGUUCGGAAGCUGGUUGAUUCGGUUGUGGAGAAAAAUAGGCUUCCAAGGAGCCACCUCUAA